UGAAGGCAACGCUUCCUGUUUAUCGCCACUGUCAACAAAACCAGUUUGUCGACAAGAAUCCCCACUUUUAUCGCCAGUUUUCAUGUAGUUAGUUUACUUAAUCCACAGUGAUCAUGAUUCCUUACACUGUGAACAUUAAACUCGCUGCACGGACUUUGACUGGCACGCUUAAUUUACAGAACAAAACCGCUGUCGAUUGGGGUUGGCAGGGCCUAAUCGCUCAAGGAUGUCACUCCAGCAUCCUCAUCAUCGACCCAAAGACUGCUCAGACCAUCCAGGUCCUGGAGAGGCACAAAAGCAAUGUCGUCAAGGUGAAAUGGUCCAGGGAGAACUACUACCACAGCGUCAGCUCCCCCUACUCCCUGCGGCUGGCAUCGGCAGAUGCAGCGGGCAAGAUCAUCGUGUGGGACGUGGUGAGCGGGACGGCCCACUGCGAGAUCCAGGAGCACGCCAAGCCCAUCCAGGACAUGGAUUGGCUGUGGUCGCAGGACGCAUCACGUGAUCUGCUAUUGGCCAUCCACCCGCCAAACUACAUUGUUCUGUGGAACGGCGACACGGGAACCAAGCUGUGGAAGAAGAGCUAUGCCGAGAACAUCCUGUCCUUCUCCUUCGACCCCUUCGACCCCUGCAACCUCGCCCUGCUGACCAGUGAGGGCAUCGUCUUCAUCACAGACUUCUCCCACGCCAGGCCCCCAGGCAGCGGCGGUAAGAAGGUCUACAUUGCCAGCCCCAAUGCCAGCCCCGCCCACGUCAAGCCUGCUGCGCCCACUGGUGCCAAGAAGGCAUUGAACAAGGUCAAGGUGCUAAUCACCAACGAGAAGCCCAGCGCGGAGGCGGUGACCCUGAACGACUGCCUGCAGCUGUCCUACCUGCCGUCCAAGCGCAACCACAUGCUGCUGCUGUACCCGCGGGAGAUUCUCAUCCUGGACCUGGAGCUGAGCCAGACCGUGGGCGUGGUCGCCAUCGAGCGCUCCGGCGUGCCCUUCAUCCAAGUUGUGCCAUGUGCACAGAGGGACGCUCUGUUCUGUCUGCAUGAGAACGGCUGCAUCACGUUGCGACUGUGUCGCUCUACCUCCGCUUCGCCAGACGAAUCAGACCCAGAGCAGAGUGCACAGGAGCUGGUAUAUGACCUGCGCUCUCAGUGCGAUGCCAUUCGCGUCACCAAGACAGUGAGGCCCUACCGCGUGGUCAUCUGCCCUGUCAGUGAGAACAAUGCCGCCCUGGUGGUCAGCGACGGCAGGGUCAUGCUGUGGGAGCUGAAGGCCCAUACGGCCAAGCCCACCGUCAACCCCAGCUCAGGGUUGUCCCCUCUCUACUCCCCGGUCUCAUUCUGUGGCACUCAGUUGGGUCAGAACCAGAAAAGGAUCCCGGAUCUCUCCCUCAACACCAUGAUCGGCCAGAGCUUCAUUUCGGGGAGUGAAACCCCCCGCCUCGCCACGCAGCAGGAGGUGCAGCUGAAGUUCCUGCUGACGGGGCUCCUCUCGGGGUUGCCCAUGCCCCCCUUCGCCCUCCGCAUGUGCCCCCCGCUCACGACCAAGAACAUCAACCACUAUCAGCCCCUGCUGGCCGUGGGCACAAGCAACGGGUCUGUCCUAGUCUACAACCUGACCGGCGGCCUCCUGCACAAGGAGCUGAGCGUCCACUCCUGCGAGGUCAGGGGAAUCGAAUGGCUCAGUCUCACCAGCUUCCUCUCCUUUGCCACAUCUGCUCCCAACAACAUGGGCCUGGUGAGGAACGAGCUCCAGCACGUUGACCUGCCCACAGGCAGGUGCUUUGCAUUUCGGGGCGAGCGAGGGAACGACGAGCCACCCAUCGAGAUGAUUAAAGUGUCUCAUCUGAAGCAGUACUUGGUGGUGGUGUUCAAAGAUAAGCCCCUGGAGCUGUGGGACGUGAGGACAGGGACGCUGCUGAGGGAGAUGGCCAAGAACUUCCCAACUGUCACUGCCUUGGAGUGGUCCCCUUCCCACAACCUGAAGAGUCUGAAGAAGAAGCAGCUGGCAGCCCGGGAGGCCAUGGCCCGGCAGACGGUGUCAGACGCAGAGCAGAGCAGCGUGGAGUCCUCGGUCAUCAGCUUGCUGCAGGAUGCGGAGAGCAAGGCGGAGCUGAGUCAGGGCAUCUCGGCACGGGAGCACUUCGUCUUCACUGACACCGACGGCCAGGUCUAUCACAUCACCGUGGAGGGCAACACGGUGAAAGACGGGGCUCGGAUCCCUCCCGAUGGCAGCAUGGGUAGCAUUGCCUGCAUCGCCUGGAAGGGGGACACGCUAGUCCUGGGGGAUGUGGAUGGCAACCUCAACUUCUGGGACCUGAAGGCCCGGCUGUCCAGGAGUAUCCCCACACACAGAGGAUGGGUGAAGAAGCUGCGCUUCGCCCCUGGGAAGGGUAACCAGAAGCUGCUGGUCAUGUACACAGAUGGGGCAGAAGUCUGGGACACCAAAGAGGUCCAGAUGGUCAGCAGCCUCAGGUUCGGCCGGAACGUGUCCCACCGCAUCCUGGACAUCGACUGGUGCACCUCGGACAAGGUGGUGCUGGCCUCGGACGACGGCUGCAUCCGGGUGCUGGAGAUGGCCAUGAAGUCGGCCAGCUACAGGAUGGACGAGCAGGACCUGACCGACCCAGUGUGGUGUCCGUACCUCCUGCCCCCCCGCGCCUCCCUCACCCUGAAGGCCUUCCUCCUCCUGCAGCCCUGGUCCGGCUCCUUCACAAUGGACAUCUCCCAAGUUGAUUACACGGAGAAGGAGGAAAUUAAGGGACUGAUCCAGGAACAGCUCAACUCUCUCUCCAAUGAUGUUAAGAGCGUUCUUCAGGACCCGGAGCUGAACCUGCUGCAGCGUUGUCUGCUUGUGUCACGGCUUUUUGGAGAUGAGUCGGACCUGCAGUUCUGGACGGUGGCGGCGCAUUACCUGCAGUCCUUCUCACAGGCACGCCAGCUCAGCGUCCCCGUCCCAGAGGGACAGGCGGAGGCAGAAACCGCCCCGGGGGGACCCGCUUGUCACCUGGACAUCUGCCACGACGUCCUGUGUGAGAGCUCCUACUUCCAGAGGUUUCAGUUGGAAAGAGUACACCUACAGGAAGUGAAAAGAUCCAGUUAUGAACACACCAAAAAGUGUGCUGACCAGCUCCUCCUGCUGGGACAGACGGACCGUGCAGUUCAGCUGCUGUUAGAGACAAGUGCAGACAACCCCAGCUACUACUGCGACUCCCUCAAGGCCUGCUUGGUCACCACCAUCACAUCCUCUGGGCCCUCCCAGAGCACCAUCAAACUGGUGGCAACCAACAUGAUUGCCAACGGCAAGCUGGCAGAGGGAGUCCAGCUGCUGUGUCUCAUUGAUAAAGCAGCCGACGCCUGCCGUUACCUGCAGACAUACGGGGAGUGGAACCGUGCUGCCUGGUUGGCCAAGGUGCGUCUGAAUGCAGUGGAGGGCGCGGAUGUGCUGAAGCGCUGGGCAGAGCACCUGUGCUCCCCUCAGGUCAACCAGAAGUCCAAAGCCAUCCUGGUGCUCCUGUCUCUUGGCUGCUUCCACAAAGUUGGGGAGAUGCUCCACGGCAUGCGGUACUUUGACCGAGCGGCGCUCUUCAUCGAUGCCUGUCUGAAGUAUGGAGUGAUGGAGGCCAACGACAGCACCAAUAAGCUGAUUGGCUCUGCGUUCGCCGACUAUGCCCGGGUGCUGCGCUCCAUGGGCCUGAGGGAGGGCGCCGUGCUCUGGGCCUCGCGGGCAGGGGGCGCCGGAGAGGAGCUGCUGGAGGAGCUCUUCCAGGGCGAGGGAGCGGGGGAGGGCGAGGAGGCCCCGGAGGAGUACGAAGAGGAGGAGGAGACUGUGAUAUCCCCGGAGUGAGAGCCCAGGGUGGGAGCAGAGGGUGGGAGUAGAAAGGGCUAAGCAGCGAGGGAACGAGAAAGAGAGGAGUGAGAGGAGAAAUGGUGGGGGAUGAGAGGAAUUAACAGAAAAGAGCUGGCAAGUGUUAGAAGGGAGUGGAAAGACGAACAGUAGGGAGGAAGGGAAAGAGGUGAAGGCCAGAGGGUGAGAGUGGUCAUUUCUCUGUCUCCAGCUUUUUGGUCUCUGAAUCUUCUCUUUCUCCUUCCCUCUUGCAUGCUUCAUCUUUUCACUCUCCACUGUAACUCUCCAUCAGAGACCUGGCAGAACCAUCCUCUGUUACCGUCGUCUGACACUGGAACAUGUCCUGGUGUAAAUGUGUUUAUAUAUUUGUGUGAAUUGUGUGUAUACCAGUGCGUGUUGGCUGUUCUCAGUCUUAGACGUUUUAGACUCACGCUUGCGCACACACACACACACACACACACACACAGACACAGACACAUGCACGCACACACGCACAUCAUGUCUUUUGCUUGUUCAUACUUAGCGAAAUAUAUUUUGUUUUUUUUUCUCCUCUUUGUAUUUUUUUUGGUUUGCUUUCACAGUCGUAAACUCAUUAGCUUGAACUACCUGUCUGGAUGAACACGAGGGGGUUCUGUGCUCUCUAACAGUAUGCACAUACAUGCACAAGGGAGGCCUGGAGACUGAGUCUCUCAGCAAACUCACAUUGUAUAAAACAGCAGAUCAGCUUUCUCCCAGUCACAGGCUUGCUCUCCCCUCAUGCAGCUUUCCUGCACUGCUAUACAAGUUGUCUUUAGGCUGGGCCUAGUUUCCUGGGACACAUAUAUCAGAUUAGUCAAUCUGCUUUGCUAGUUUAGCUUCAGCCCCACGGUGUGUAGGUGUGACUGAAUUACAUUCCAAAAUAAUUUGCACAUUUAUUUUAACCAAAUACUUUAAUUAAAAGCAAGAACAUUAGUGAUAUAUGUGGUGAUAUAACUGAUAAUGAAGAAUGUGUGGGAACAAAUGAAGUUCUAGUGAAAGUUUAGUUAAUUUGGUCACAGGGUUUUCAAACCCUGUAGGUACUGUAUCCAUGAAAAACCUGUCUGACCCCGGUACCUCAUAUGGCCAGUGUAUCCCCGUUGUAGUAGCAGCAAGCUGAGAGGCGCACAAGUGCGCCCCCUGGCGGCAACACCAGACUACCACGAGGCCUGCGCCCAGGUCUGUCCCAUACUCCUGCAUGGCACUGAGUGGAGGCCGUGGGCACUCUUGGGUGUGUUAGCACUUAGCAUAAGAGACUCGGAGAGAAGAUUACACUACAGCAGUCAGGGUCACACUGAAAGAGACUGGCAAAAUAUCUCUACUUCAGAUAAGACACCUCUUCUUUAUUUGAGGGAAAAUCUUUGAAGGAGCCUUAUUAGGGGAUCAUUUGUACUUACAGAUGGUUAUUUGGACCAUAUCAAAGGAAGCAGCUUUGGACAGCUUGAACAGCAAACGUUUCUUUGAACAUAUGAGUUAAAAAUAAAUUAUUUAUGUGUGGAUUUUAGCAAAGUAAAUGAAAUAAUACCUUUACCUGUAACACAAAAAUCUCUUGUGCUUUACCAUUAUAGGAAAAAUAAAAUGUCUGAUUUUCUCCUUCUCUCAGUGGAGAACUCUUGAAAAUAUGUAAUUGCCAUGGGAUGUAGAUGGAUCUUUAUGCAGAUACAUGCUAUUUGUAGCACACCUGUGCAUAAACCUAUGGAAUAUGCAUUUCACCUUAUAUUUCAUAUGCAUUUUUUUGCGAGUAAUAUGCGUACAUUUAUUGGGAAUAUGUGUGAAAUCUCCUGCAAAAUAGAGAUGGCUUUUCAAAUACCUCGGAGGAAUGGGCCGGUUGCAUACAGGAAAAUGUAAUCCUCAGAGGAGAUUGUUUCACUGGCUCUCCAGUUGUUUGAGUUUUUUCAUCUAGCUGAUCAGGUGGUGCUUCAUUGGAUGCCUGCCUGGUCAGGUGUUAUCCAAUUAAAAAGAUAGGGUUUGGAGCCGGAAAGGUUCUGGACAUUAAGACAGAGAAUCAGCUUUUCAGAGGGGUUUUUCUUAGCAUGUCGUGAUGCAUUCCAAGACGAGCGUCCUUGCUCAGGAGGGUCAUGUCUUGCUGGUUUCACGAUAAUAUAAAUCCUUAAUUGCUUUUCCUUUUGUCCAGUAUCUUGAAAGUUGUUAUAAAGGCAUCCAGCAUCUGACGGUUUGAUGAGACACUGAGCGUAUAAUUGCUACACUCCAGGGUAUGGGAGUUGUUGGCGCUACAGUCGGUCUGUUGUAAGGAAUAGGAACAAAAGCUUUUAGAGGGUGUACUGGAGACUUGACUGUCGUGCAGCAGCGUUGAUGACCAGCAGGGGGCAGAGUGUGUUGUGUUUACUCAGGUUUCAUAGACACUUGGAAAUGGGCAGUGAGAUGCUUCACCGUGUUGUCCCCUACUGGUGAAAGCUUCCAGUGAUUUACUUGGUGACAUUUGUGAUUUAUUUUUCUACUUUCACUCUUGAGUUUUCUGACUAUUCAAUUACUUUGUAUUUCUUAGUUUUUUCUACUUUAUCUUUGGAUUGUUUGUCUAUUUUCUAACGCAAACACACAAAUAAUUUUGGGAAGAUGUUUAAUUCUGAUGUGGAUUUUAUUGAUCUUUAUUCUUGGAGUCAUUAAACCCAGUGGCCUCUUUCUUUGACUAAAACGUAGUGAGCAAGUCCCUAACCAUAUGUGUAUGAAUAUUAUAAUCAAUGUUAACCAAUUGAACCAAUAGAUGUUAUGAACCAGUUAUUCCCUGGAUUCAGUCAAAUCUCUGACCCACCAUCUUGCCAAGAUUUAAGACCCCAUACAGAAACGAGUGCAUCUUCUGUCCAGACAUUUUCAUCACUAAAAUACCAGUCGUGUGACCACCAAAAGUAUCAGGUCUAUAGUGGAGUAGCAUGUGAGUCAGAGGUUUGAUUUUAUUACAGAACGAAUUUGCUGAGUUUAUUUGGUGUCACAGAGUAUUAUUAUUGCUAUUAUUACAAUCAUUAUAAUUACCAGUGCUGCACUAUCUCUGUGUAUAUUGCUAUGUGAUUGAUAUAAGUGUAAUUCAUUUUGUUUGGUGGUAUUAUGAAAUGUAAUUACAGCAGCAUUGUAAUUAAGUACUGUAAUUAAAGGACUGGGCACAUUGUUGAUUAUCACUCUCCAGACAAGUGAUAGCGCUGAUCCCCUUGUCUGUGUUGUUGCUGACCCUCAGACUGUGUUGCCAUGGUAACCCCAUGUUCGUUGCGGUGAACGUAUCUCUCACUGUCGCCAAUGUCGCCUUUUUGCUGUUUAUUUUCUGUAUUCAGAACAAUUCGGUUUGUCAGUUCAUUAACUGAAAGAGUACAAAAAUUCAUAAAUUAUGUGUCAGUGACCUUUUUUUUGUUUGUUUUUAGAAAGAAAAAAAGAUUUGUCA